AGCGAGAAGGCAGCUGAACCAGGAAAAGGAAAAGUAGAGGAGAGAGGCAACUUAGAAAAGAAGAAGUAGAAUAAAGACCGUCUUCUCUAUUUUCACAAAGCGCUUCUGGCUUCAUCAGACGGCUUUCUGAAGGACAUUCUCAUCUUUUAGUGUUUAUUGUUGCAGAACUUGUAAAAGGCAAAAUGAUGAGCAGCAGAGUCUUCGUCACCUCUAUUGCGGUGCUCCUGGCCUUCCUGACCAUCAGUGAAGCGAUGAGUCUGAGAAGCCUGGGAGUUGAGCUGCACUGCCGCUGCAUCCAAACAGAGAGCAAGCCCAUCGGCCGCCACAUCGGCAAGGUGGAGCUGAUUCCUCCCAACUCCCACUGCGAGGAGACUGAGAUCAUUGCCACUCUGAAAAAGACAGGCCAGGAGGUUUGCCUGGACCCCGAGGCCCCCUGGGUGAAGAGAGUGAUUCAGAAGAUCAUGUCCAACAGAAGACGCUGAACUGACUGGGAGAGAUGUGUUUCAUGAGUCUGAGCUGUUUACUGUAUAGACAAAUGAAAAGUACCUAAAAGUAUUUAUUUAAUAAGAUGAUAAAGCCACGACAUCUCGUUUUAAUGCCAGAGGACUGUUCAAUGUCCUGAUCAGCUGUUGGACAAGACAACAGUAUUUACCCACUCAGGUUGUUUGUAUCAAACAUUAUUUAUCAGUGAAUAUUAUACAUGUUUGUAUGUCACUUGUGUGUCACUGUUCAGUAACUUAUGUGUUUAACAUAUUUAUUGGUGUAUUUAUGGAAAGUAAAUUUAUUUGCAUUGAGUUGCUUUGCUGAUAACCUAUUGAUUAAAGAAGCAAACAUGAAAUUGAAA